UAGGAUAUUUAUAUAACUCCCGCGUUCUCUCUUCUCUUUUACACCUCUAAUCUUAUUUUUUUCCUCCUUUUUGUUUCUCUUUCAGUUUCUCCUGUUAUUGAUUCCAGAAGAAGAAGAAGAUGCCUGCGACGACAGAGAACAACCACAAUCAGGGAUCGUUCCUGGGGAGAAUAAGCAUCAGAAGGAACCAGGUGAUGUCGAUGUCAAUGGACGGCACCCACGACACGGAGUGCGAGGAGAUGGAGCUAUUUCAGAGGCACGUGGCGGAGAGAAUCGCGGAGCUGCUGUCGUGCACGGAUGAGCCGGAGGCAUUCAUGUCCAUCGGGUGGCUGAGGAAGCUUCUAGACGAGUUUCUGUGCUGCGAGGCAGAGUUCAAGGCUGUACUCCUCAUGGGAAGGGACCCAUUCCAGAUCGCCAAGCCACCUCUCGACAAGCUCCUCCCUGAGCUCCUUGACCGCAUCAUCAAGUCUCUCGACGUCUGCAAUGCCGUCUCCCUCGGAAUCGAUUCCCUCAGGAACAUCCAGCGCCUCGCCGAAAUCGUCCUCUCUGCCCUCGAACAGACCCUCAUCGGAGACGGCCAGGUCCGCCGUGCCAAGAAGGCCCUCUCCGCCCUCCUCAGCGCCAUGCUCCACGAGGACAAGGACGGCGGCAUCACCAAGGGCACCGAGCGCAGUCGCUCAUUCGGUCGUCGCGGCAACAAGGAUAAGGACCGGUCUGCCGCUUCCCCCUUCCGCUCCCUCUCCUGGACCAUGCCCAAGAACUGGUCUGCCGCCAAGCAAAUUCAUGCCAUGUCAUCCAACCUGGCAGCUCCACGUGGCAACGAGUCGUCCGGCCUUGCCCUCCCUGUUUUCAUAAUGAACACCGUUUUGGUUUUCGUUCUAUGGACAUUGGUUGCAGCACUUCCAUGCCAGGAGAGGAGUGGGCUUGGGACCCACUUCCAGAUGCCUAGGAAUUUGAGCUGGGCCCAGCCUAUCACUGCGCUUCAGGAGAGGAUCUCCGAGGAGUGGAAGAAGAAGGAGAAGAAAGGUACGGUGGGGCUGUUGGAGGAGAUGCAGAAGAUGGAGAAGAUUGCGCAAUGGCUCCUUGAUUUUGCGGACUCAUUCCAGUUCCCUGCCGAGGCUGACAAAUUGGAGGAAGUUAAGGCGCAGGUGGAGGAGUUGGCUGAUAUAUGCCGGAAGAUGGAGGAAGGGUUGGAGCCAUUGCAGAUGCAGAUUAGAGAGGUCUUCCAUAGAGUUGUCAGGACCAGAACUGAGUUCCUUCAUGUGUUGGACCAAGCUGCCAAAUUGAAUAUACCCACUUCCUAAACAACUUCCAUAACUGCACCCUCUUUUUCACUCUCUCUUUUCUUUUUCCCCUUAUUUUCUUGUUUAAAAGAAUCCCCUUUUGUGAAGGGCACUUUCAGAACCAACAUGGACAGUUCAACGAGGUUGGUUUCUGUGGGUGGGGGGUUAAUUUAAAAUUCUUUACAAGAUUCAUGGUAUUCUGUUGUGUAAAGGAAAAAGACGAAAAAGAUGUUGCUUGGGGUUGGAAGAAAGACAUGCAUUCAUCUAGAAAUUAAGCAAAAGUUUUCCCCUUAUUAUAUCACUUAUUAACAAGCUUACUUUAACUUAUAUUUUUCUCGUUUAGUUUUACAUUUCCAAAGGAGCUAGUAUUAAUUGUCUAGUACAUCCAGAAAUGAUGGUAUAUUGGUAUAGGAGCUAGUAUUAAUUUUUAUUUGAUUGGUAGUUGUUCAUGUUGUUCAA